GAGAGAGAGAGAGAGAGACGCUGCAGAGUUUUUUUCUUCAACUCUUGCUGGAAUCAAAGGAGGAAGAAAAGCAAAGCAAAGAAGAGAAACCCUAACAGCACAGAAACCAAGAGGAUUUGUUUAAAACCAUGAAACAUCUGACGUGGAUCAGCGCACUCUCCUUCCUGCUGUAUUUUACACUUGGAACUGCAGAUCACAGACAGCGGCGGCAGGUCUCCGUCAAGAGUGUGUUGGGUGUGUGUCGAUACGGCAGCCGGCUGGAGUGCUGCUACGGCUGGAAGAAAAACUCUAAAGGACAAUGUGAAGCUCAGUGUGAUCUGGGCUGCAAACACGGCGAGUGUGUCGGCCCCAACAAAUGCAAGUGUUUUCCUGGAUACACAGGGAAGACAUGCAGUCAAGAUCUGAAUGAGUGUGGUCUGAAGCCUCGUCCCUGUGAGCAUCGCUGUAUGAACACAUUCGGCAGCUAUAUGUGUUACUGCUUAAACGGCUACAUGCUAAUGCCUGAUGGAUCCUGUGCAAACUCCAGGACGUGUUCCCUGGCUCACUGCCAGUACGGCUGUGAGGAGGUGCAGUCUGAGGUUCGCUGUCUCUGUCCGUCACCUGGCCUUCAACUCGGAACUGACGGAAAGACCUGCGAGGAUAUUGAUGAAUGUGCGACUGGGAAAAACCAGUGUCCGUUUAACAGGCAGUGCACGAACACAUUCGGCAGCUACUACUGCAAGUGUCAGCCGGGAUACGACCUCAAAUACAUCAAUGGAAAAUACGACUGCACUGAUGUAAAUGAGUGUGCGUCGAACACACACAAGUGCAGUCAUCACGCUGAAUGCAUCAACACUCAUGGAUCCUACAAGUGUAAAUGCAAGCAGGGUUUCCGUGGCAGCGGGUUCGAUUGUUCAGUCAAGCCGUUUUAUCACAGAUCCUGGGACAGCAGUAAAGGAAACCCAGAUGUGUUUGUGAACGGUGAGAGAGAUGCGGUUCAAUGGCUGAAUGAGCAGAUGGAAGUGUUUCUGUUUGCAGCUCAGGAUGAUUUUGUGUCUGUUUAUGAAUCAGAGUCAGAGCUGAAAGAGAUCCAGGCUGCGCCGCUGAGGGAAAGAUUUCUGACGGAUUGUGACUUUGACCGCGGUGCAUGUGAAUGGGUUCAGGAUAAUGCAGAUGAUCUGGACUGGACCAUCAAAUAUCAUCCAAACGGCCGGGAGUAUUACCUGGCUCUCGAGGGCCCUGUGGGGAACAGACGUGAGCAGGCCCGCAUGAAGCUCCUACUGGAAGAUCACAUGCGGCAGAGCAGCUUCUGUCUGAGGUUUGAUUUCCGCAUCGAGGGUCCGCAGACCGGUGUUUUAAGGGUGAAACUGGACAACAGCGCCAUUUCCAUCUGGGAGAGAAAACAGAGUCAGAAGCAGAGCUGGCAGAGCGAGCAGAUCAGCAUCAGCUGGACGGAUGAUAAUCCUGAAGCGGUGGUCUUUGAGGCUGAGCGGGGACGCUCCGGCACUGGAGAAAUCGCUCUGGAUCACGUGCUGCUGAUCUCAGGAGAAUGUUCAGAAGAUAAAACACUCGACUUCUAGGACGUUCAGGAUGUUUGUGUGAGACGUUAUUAAGCAUCUCAACAGGAAACACACUAUAGCUGCUGCUCAGCUUUCAUUGAAACAGGCGCAGACCUGCAGGAUAAUAAGAAGAGGGAUGGAUGUAAGUCUUAUUAAUUACAUGAUUGUUUUCUGACAGGUGGAUGUUGUUCAUCAUUUGGAUGAUUAUAUAAACACUGUAACAUUAUUAUGGCUGUAAAUUUUGCUUAACAUUAAAAUGUUUUUAAGAGA